AUGCAGCUGGCACAUUUGAAAGACAUGGUGGCAGAAAAACUACACAAGUGGACGGAGGCCCAAACCAGAUCACUGGUUCACCAUAGGACUGAGCAUGACCACCUGUUCACAGGAAAGAGGUACACAGCGAAGAAGGCCUGGGGAGAGGUUCUGCAGAAGAUGGGGUUGGAGGAGUUGCUCACUCCCACCCAACUGGCAAAAAAGUGGGACAACCUCAAACGCAAAUAUAAGGAGCUGAAAACCCCCCCUACAGGGACGGGGACAGAUGAGGGGGAGGCCACGGCAGCCACAUGGCCGUGGUUUUCCCUGAUGCAUGAAGCCAUCGGGAGUCGGCCCUCCAUGGAGCCUCCAGUGCUGAUGGACUCGGCUGACGUGACCCCCAGUGGGAUUGGCUCUUCAUCCAGUGGAGCUGGGGCCGCUCCUUGUGGCCAGGCAAUUGAGGAAGAGGAGGAUCCUGGGCAGCCUGGCACAAGUAGCAGCACCACUACACUGGAUGAAGAGCCAUCCACCUCUCUCAGUCCCCCGCCUACCAAGAGGAAGAGGGCAAGUCGGGGGGCCCUAUUAGAGUUUUUAAAAGAGGAGGCCAAACAAGAGCAGGAAUGCUUUGAGGCCACUCAGGCUAAUGCCCAAAAGUAUUUGGAUUUAUUUGAGAAAUUUGUGAAUAAAUGA